AUGUGUCUUGAAUAUUUUAUAAACAUCUUAAAUGGUCUCAGUGAUAAAAAUGACAUCAAGAAAGACUCAAGCGAGGUAAGAUUGUCGAAUGUCGCAGUCUGCAAGUCUGCAGUCUUCAGUCUGUAUUUUACCCCUGGUCUGCAGUCUUCAGUCUGUUUUUUACCCCUGGUCUGCAGUCUUCAGUCUGUAUUGUACCCCUGGUCAGCAGUCUUCACUUUACCCCUGGUCUGCAGUCUUCAGUCUGUAUUUUACCCCUGGUCUGCAGUCUUCAGUCUGUAUUUUACCCCUGGUCUGCAGUCUUCAGUCUGUAUUUUACCCUUGGUCUACAGUCUUCAGUCUGUAUUUUACCCCUGGUCUGCAGUCUUCAGUCUGUAUUUUACCCUUGGUCUACAGUCUUCAGUCUGUAUUUUACCCCCUGGUCAGCAGUCUUCAGUCUGUAUUUUACCCCUGGUCUGCAGUCUGCGUUUUACACUGAUAGACACAAUAAGAUUAGAUCAUGUAGUUCUGUUCUUUACCUGCUUAUCAGUAUGUUAGAUGCACUUUCUGUAGAUUGAUGCCAGCUUUUUGUUUUCCCUGAUUAUUUUUCCCAAUUUACACAAGACAUGGUCAAGACACCAAUUUUGCAAUCUUGGUAAUGGGCACUUAAUGGUGCAUCUCACUCUGUACACACUCCAGGUACCUGUACUGUCACUGUCAAUUUUUUUAAUGUAAUUAAUUCUUAUUAGGUCACAACUGAUUGUUGCAUUUCUCUCUCACAGGUGUCAGGCUUUCUGGCUCAGGUUUCAAGCAUCUCAGAGAUACUAAGAAGGAAUCAGAUAAAGGUGGCAUUCUUUGGACGAACCAGCAAUGGAAAGAGCACCACAAUAAAUGCCAUGCUUCAAGAUAAGAUCUUACCAAUGGGAAUGGGCCAUACUACCAAUUGUUUUCUCAGUGUACAUGGUUUAGAUACACCAGAUCCAUAUAUCUUGGUUCCAGGGAGUGAUGACAAAAAGAAUGUGAAGGUAUGUCUUCUUAAAAAGUAUCGUAAGCUUCUCCUUUGCAAUAAUUAUAUGUACUGCAUUUUCUUGAUUGAAAAUUGUUGCAAGUUUCCUUUGUAAUAAUUAUAUGUACCACAUUUUCUUGAUUUAAAAUUGUCAAAGUUUCCUUUGUAAUAAUUAUAUGUACCAUAUUUUCUUGAUUGAGCAAUCAGUAUAGUUAUUUCAAACUUUGCCAAGUGUACCUGGUGUUGAAAAGCAUCAGGAUGGUGUUUUAAUCUGGGUUUGGUGUGUCAACUUUUCAUAAUAUCCAUUUUUCAAGAUUGACAGGUAUUUGGUUAAGAAAACAUGAUUUUUCUCUGUCAAACUGUCACGUAGUCUUAACAAAGAUAUAUAUUUUUCUUGCAAACAUUUCAUGUAUAAAAUUUGAUUUAUGAAUAAAUUGUAUUUUAAUUUGUAGCCUGACAGCAGAUCAUCACUAACUAUAGUGGCCACGCGCCCACAUAGCAUGAGCAGUUUUUUAGAAAUGUAACUCUAAAAAUGGUGUCAAAUUUUACAAAGAAAUGUAUGAAGAGAUUUUUAAUACUUUGACAAAGUUGGUUAAAAAUUACAGAUUGAAAAUUUGCCGGAGCGGGAUGCCAUUAUAAUGACUGCUAUCUGUGUACUGCUGUAAAUAAUAAGACUUAAGGUAAAAAAAAAAAAACUUCAUUUUUCCUUUGCUUUGUAUCGAGGUGAGCAACCAUUUAAGCAUUUAUAGCUGGCAAAGAAAAGCUGAAAAGCCUAAAAUUAGAGACAGAUACCAGUGUUCCUGUGCUUGGUACUUCACUUGCCAGAGUGGAGACCUAUAGUUGACUCCAUUGUUAACCCUACCCUAAAAUUUGAAGUCUACAGAGAAAAGUUUGAUCCAUCCUUUUCCCUUGUAAAGAAUGCAAAAAAUUCUGAGCCUUGCAAGAAAGAAAAACAAGCUUCCACCUGCAAUAUCAACUUCCUUCCCGAGAUCUGGCACUCGUUCAGAGCUCAAUUUUUCCAGAGCAACUUUGCAAGGUAUGCCAUGUUUGGUAUCAAAAUUUUCAAUGUGAUUUCGGCUUUUUAAAGCUCCUAGUCUUUCUGGGAUAGGUGUUACAGCACGCUUUUAGCCAGUAGGUAAACGUGUGAGCAAGUUUGCGCAGUGGAUUUCGGGCUAAAAAUUGAAAAGUAAAAAAUUUAUAAUAAUAGUUUUUGUUUGUAUUGCAUGGGCUAGUAUUUCUGAGACCUCUGAAAUGUCUGAUUUAUUCCACAAAUCUGCUUUAUCACAGUUUAAGGAGUCUGAGAGUGUUUCCAUCAAUGAUAGUUCAACAUAAUUAUGUAAAAUAUCAGUAUGUUAGCAGCAAAGAAGUGGUCUUUAAAGUUGCAUUCACAUGCAAUUGUCUAAAAAGCUGGUACAAUUUCAAGAAAAAUAAUGCACUGGCGAUCAGCUGUGUAGAAAUUCUAAAUGCAUUUUUAGAGGAAAAAUAUGGAUUGAAGCUAAAAUUUCAAAAUGUAAACAGAAAAUUCAUUUUUUAAAGUUAUUUCUUUCUUUGAAGGUCUGUUAAUACUCACAUUGUAAAACUUUUGCCAGUACAUUAUUCUUUAUGCAUUGUGUGUUGAAGGGUAAGUUUUCGGCCUCUUCUGAGGCGUAUCAUUUAAAAUUUCAAAAUGUUAACAGAAAAUUCAUAUCAAGUUAUUAUUUUCUUUUAAGGGCUGUUAAUACUCACAUUGCAAACCUUCCACCAGCACAUUAUUCUUUACACAUUGUUUGUUGAAGAGUAAGUUUUCAGCCUCUUCUGAGGUAUAUUGUACAACACCACAGAUGAUAAUCUUUGGAGUUGUAUGUAAUCAAUUUCCUCGACACUUCUCUUUCUACACACAACCACCAUGUUAGAUUCACAGGAAGCACCGCUGAGGCUGUGUGGAUUCGUCAUAACCAAAAUUGUUGGCGAUGAAAGGCCUAAACCUUGAUCAAUUACUCAUACUGUUUAAUUCUAAACUAGAAGCAUUUCUCUGGUGUUUAUAUGGUUUUAACAAUUAAUUUCGGUUUGACUUUUAAUUUAGAAAAUAUCACUGGUACUUAAAUUAUCUUAAAGCAGAAAUAGAUUAAAUAAUACUCCAAUUGAUAAAUGCCCUGUAUAAGUUAAUGAACUGUUAAUAAUCAUGAUAAUCACAUACUUUUCUCUUUUGGUAUCGAAACAGUCAUUAUGUCAACUUGCCCAUGCCUUGUCCGAAGAAAAGCUUGAUCCUAGCAGUCUUGUUCAAGUGUUCUGGCCAAAGUCCAGGUUUGAUUUUGUUUUGUAAUUAUUAUAUCAUUCACAUGUACUUACAGGUAACUGUUGUCGUGUCAAUCAAAGUGUAUUUACAGUUCAACCUUGUAAACUUUAUUCAUUAGUUGUAAAAGUAGAGUGUAGUGCCCCUUGUUGUACUUGAAUUGUUCUUGUCCAAGUUUAUUCCAAAGAGGUUAAGUUUAUCGACAUUUUUUGCCUUCAGAUUAAUUCUGUUAUUAUGCAUUAGACUUAUAAUAAAAUAUCUGAUUGGUCCAGAGCAUUCAAUCAAUAUACAAAAGCAGAGGAAGUUGACAUAAUAACCCAAUAUCUGCAGCAGACAUUGCAUUUAUCAUUUGGAGUUCAAAUUCUGCCUAGUUUCCAAACCCUUUCUUGAUGAAGUGUUCUCAAACUUGUCUCCUUUUCCAGAUUGAUUUUAGAAAAUGUCUAAUAAAACAAUUACUGAAUUCAGUUUUUACAUGAUAUCGUGAAUUAUUAGGUACUGGUCUUGCUAAGAGUGGUCUUCUCAACUUCCUGUCAGAAAAAGUUUUCUUUUAUUUUUGCCCAUGAAAAGGGUUUAGGACACAUGUUUCAAAAAAAAGUUUAGUUGUUCUCCAACUCUCUCUUUUUGCAUCACCACAAGCCAAAAAUGAUUUUUGGCUGGUGGAAAAAUUUUGCACAAUCACAUCAAGCAAUUUGAUGGUCGUAGGAAAGUUUCAGUUUGUUGCUUAAAACCAUUGUGGUCCAUAACAGCGUAACAUCAUUAAUGAUGGAAACAACUUUGCAGAAAGGAGGGCUAGUUCAUCAUGUUCCUUGUGCUAAAUCUCAGGAGACAAUAUAAGAAUUCGGAGUGUAGGUGUGUUGUUUUGUAAAUAACACUGUGAUGUAUUUUGACUUGUUGGUGCCCUUUUAAGCAAUGCAAUAUGUCUUUAAUGACCACAGUGCCAAAUUUUAUUCUUUAAUGUUGAUCUUCUCCACACUGUGCGUAGUUCAUGACCUGAUAUUUCAAUGAAAAUUAUUGAGAAGACGCCUUCGGUCACCUUUUGUUUAUUUUGAAAGUCAUGCCAGCAUGCAAAUGUUACAACUGAUCACAUUUAUGCAAUGUUUUAGGAUGCCAUCUAUUCUCUAUUCUCCAUUUAGAAAACCUAAAAUCUUUGACAUAGAAGAUAAAUGAUCAAAGUUUGAAUGGUCGAGAAGAGAUCUUUAUCAAUUUUCAGAAUUAUGCAAAUGAUCUUUGACACGAGCACAAUUGAGCAAGCAAAUGGACUUGUGUUGUUUUGUAAGAUUUAUUUUUAUUUAUUUAGCUUUGCCUAAUUAUCUAAGGCAGGGAGACCAUGACAGCUUUAGCCAAUUACAGUGGAUCCUGUAUUAACAAUGACUAGGCCAGACCCUCCCCAGCAAUCUCGUGGGUGGGUUCUUUAAUGUCCCCUGCCUAACCAAAUUGACUAAUUUGGUUAGGCAGGGGACAACGAUGGGAAGUCAAGAGGACUGCCUUAGAAAAAGUAGUACUUAAACCUUGUGUCUUUGUAAUCUGCCUCAGCCUUUGGUUUUGGCAGAUAACUCGGAACUCGGUUGUGAUAAUUCAAGUUAUCAUGCUCAACUUCCUCAGUAAUUGUUUAAUAUACAUACAGUUAGGUAUAAAGCUGUGUCAUUGGUUUUUCAAGGAGUGUCUUAUAAACAAAGGAAAUGUACUUCUAGUGUUGGAAAGCUCUUGGAUAGGCCGCCUCUUGUGCCUUUAAAAGAUAUAAUACUUUCCAAACAUGGUACACAUCAGAUCAGAGGGUUUGUAUCAUUACAAUAAAGCUCUACCUGUACAUUGUUAUCACUUGUGAAGCUUUCAUUUUUGUAAAAAAUGUAUUUUUUUUUAACCUCAGUUGUAAAAUGUUUUCAGAGGAUGUUGUUUUGGUGGAUAGGUAAGCAAUUUAAAAGUGAUGAAAUGUACGGUAUAAUUAACUUUGGAACCCUAAGAAUUGAAUUUGUCCUUACAAUUUCACCCCUGAAUUACACAUUAAGAUCACAAGAAUAAAAGAUAUGAUCACUAACUGAUGAAGCUCUGGACUGUUUAGCAAAUUGUAUUUGUCUACAUCUUAGGGAAUGUAUAGAGGACUAAUGUUAGGGUGUGAAGGUUUAAGAAGAACAAAAAGACAGAAAAACAAGAAAACACUGAAAACAAUAGGUUAAUUAGGCAUUGCUCUAUUGUGACAUAUCCUGUGUCUUCUACAUGAAGAAGAAGCCUAAAAUUGCUAUAUAAAUAGUCACAGACAACUGUUAUUUUAGUCCUGGUAUAGAUGUGAGCAAUGAUCUUAAUGAGUGGAUAGAUAAGCACUGUUUGGAUGCUGAUGUGUUUGUCCUGGUUGCUAAUGCUGAGUCAACGCUUACAGUUUGCGGUAUGUUCAUGACCAUUCAUGUGCUAUGUGUAGAUUUAAGAUACACCACAUACAAACUUAUAAUUUGAUGGAAGUUUUUUAAAAAUUCAGUUGCUUUAAAAUGUGACUUAUUACAGGAGAAAUUUAUCCAGUGUGGUAGCAUUCAUUGACUGAACCUUCCCAUGCUUGUGUGGUUUCUCAUUUGGUACCCUUGUCAUUUGCAGGAGAAAAGCUUUUUUCACAAAGUGAAUCAGCGUUUUUCAAGACCAAACAUCUUCAUUCUAUAUAACAGAUGGGACGCAUCUGCAUCAGAACCCGACACAAUGAAGCUGGUAAGUAAGCACUUAUUUUUUCCUUGAUACCCAUUCAAAUUUGAAAUCAAAAGAUGUCAAAAAUGGAAUUAAAACACAGCAUUGGAGUUGCCUUUUAUCUCAGAUGCUCUCUUCAUAGGAAAUUGUUGCUUGAAAAAAAAAAAGGUAUAGAUAGAUUCCUGGUGGAGAGGGGUGAGGGGUGAGGGGUGAGGGGUGAGGGGUGAGGGGUGCUUAGAUAGAGGGGAAGGAUUCAGGAUUCAGGAUUUAGGUAUAAUGAUGGGUGGGACAACAAACCAUUUAUCCCACUUCCCCCUGGACAACAACCCCUUCCCUUCCCCCCCCACUUUUAGAUGAUGGUAAUAAAGUGUGAUUUUUUAAAGUUUUUACCUGUUUCCUUAAGGUGAAAGAUCAGCAUCUCAGUAGAAGCAUCAGUUUCCUUGCCGAUGAGCUCAAGUGUGUAGACAAAGGACAGGCAGAACAGAGUGUUUUUUUGUCUCAGCUAAAGAGGUAAGCUGCUGGAUUUUAUGUAUCAGGGUUUAUAAGGACCAAUUGCAAAUAACUUUGAACAAGUCUUCAAGUUUUUGUUACAAUUAUCAAAGAGAAAUAUAACACAGGACACACUUCUUAGUUUGUUUAUUUAUUUUUCCCACUUUCUUUUCCUGUUUCUGUUUUACCCAGACGUUAAAUACCAGAAUGCUGGAACACCAAGGAAUGCCUAAAGGAGGUAUGUGGCUGAACAAGAAGUGCAUUCUCUUGAAACAGCAUAAACACAAACUGUCAACAAGUAAGAUUUUAAAUUUAAAUAGAGUAACUAGCAUUGCCUUGUUGUUUUUCAGAUGGUGCCAUUCAUUUUGGGGGAUUUGAUGAACGACAGUUGGAGUUUGAGAACUUUGAACACAAAUUUGAGGUAUUGUAGCUGCUGUUCAGGCUUACAGUACCGCUCGCGUAUACAAUAACUACGUAGAUGAAUUUCAUACGUUCAGACCCAGGGUAGUCAGACACGUAUAUGCGCAGUCCCAAUCCUCUUGUCUGUCGGUAGAUUCCCCUAUGAACCAAAAGGUGGCAAAAAUAUUUUGAUGAUUGCAAUGUGGAAUUUAAUGGCAUUGUUAUUCAAGGAGUAUAGAACUACUAAUGGUAACUUCACAUAUAGCUCUAUAGGGGUUUUCCAUAAAAGCUAGUCACAGGUGGUUUACUGCCGCCUUAAAGACCUUUAACUGUUAUCUGUUUAGCAUGGAAAGGGGCCUUCUGACCCUUUUCUCUGGGAACUGUCACUUUAAACACCAUUGGCAGCUGCUUAUGGAAAAGGUUAUUGAGACCCCUGGGUCUGUUGUGUGUUAAAUCAUUGGUAAGAGCUAAUGAAAGAUUGCUACCACAGAGUCACGAUGUUUAUGUAAAUUAAUGUACCUUUUUCCAUUUAAAGUUAAACACAUUUGCUUGUCUAGAGUUUGUGUUAAUUAAUUGUUCUGACUUUGCAAUAGAGGCUUUACAUGCUUGAUUUUAUAGGAGUGUAUUUCUAAGUCAGCAUAUACAAACCAAGUUUGAAUCUCAUGCACUCAGUGGGUUGAAAAUUGCAAACAUGGUAGAGGUUCGUAUGCAAAAAAUAGUGGAUUCUGCAUCUCAGCAAAGGUGAGAAAGAGACAGAUAAAUUUCCUAUUUUGCCUCUCAAUAGUGAUUUCAGUGAUUUGUUGGUUUUGCUGAGUUCAUAUGGUCUAUUUUACUCAGAUCUAAGCUGGAGAAAACCAAGAUGGAGGAAAAGAAUAGACUGGAAUAUGUGAAGGAACAGCUUAUAAGCUGUAAACAUGACUUCAAAUGCCGGAUCGAGGAAAUCACUUCUGAAGUUGAGGUUCAGGUAAUAAAAUAACUACUCAAAUGCUCUUUUGGAGGCAUAAGUUUAAUACUUGUUGUUUAUUUAGUCUCGAAUCACGGUAAUUUCAAGUUUUUCACAGUGUAAGGUUCCAAAACAGAUCAAAAAGUGUCAUCAAUUGGAUGACUUUUUUUGGCAUGCUUCUCAAGUGCACGUCAGGUGCCUUUGAUAUGCAUAUCAAAUUUACUUUGAAGUGAGUGGUAAAAACUUAUCAAGAGUUUGCCUUUAUUUUACUCCUGUAGUACCUGAGUACACACAGAUAUUUACCUAAUUUGUAAUAAGUAUGAUGACUUACAGUUGUAAGGGUGAACACAAGUCGGUACAAAAUCUUACAGAACCAAACUGUCAGAGCUUUUCCCAAUUUCCACACCCAGAGUAUGGCUACUCCCCCCCUGAAAUGGGAAGCCAGUCCAUCCCAUGCUACCUGUCCCCCACCCUGACAGCAUUUCUUCUUUUUUUUUCCCCAUCCCUUGUUUGUAUCCAUUUUUACUCUUAAAGCCUUUCCGCAGCAGCGAACAAAACUAGAAUUGUCCCGGAAAAAAUCAAAGCUCAAAUUAUUUCAAGCGCCUCAUCUGUUCAUAAGAGCGGCCCGCAUAGUUGCCAAAGGAUUCCACCUCCAAUUUCCUGGAUUUACCACAGUUUUGUUUAUGUGGUCGAUUUUGUCCAGUUUUUACUUGGGACAAAUUUUCAGUCGCAACAGUCCAUCCGCACUUGUGAAAUGUUGGUGAUGACCGAAAAUUUCUCUAAAUAGAGAGAGACUGUCAGAGUUAGGUGCCUUGUUCAAGAAGACGACACAUUGACCCACCCGGUGCUCAAACCUUUGUGUCGCACAUCGUCCUGUGUGUUAAUUCUUAUUAACUCAAAGCUCAGUGAGAAAGUCUGAUGUAGCUUACUCAACAAAAUGUUUUACUUUCUUUAGGUGAAAGCGGCUAUGACAGAAGAGAUUGAUGGAUUGGCCUUGCUGGUGAAUGAGUUUGAUCCUCCAUUCCUUACUGAUACUGCGUCGCUUAAGACAUACAAAGAGGUGAAAAUUAAUUGUAUAGACAAUUUCACGAGCAACAACUGCAAUAGAAGAAGUAUUUGAAAUUUAACUCUAUAUCGCUGAUUAUGUCAACAGGAACUGUGCAAUCACCUCAAGAGUUGCUUGGAAAGAAAUAUGACGGAUCAUUGUUCAAAUUUUAAAACUCAAGUGAUUUGUGGGGCACAAGAAGAAAUGAAAGGUCAGUGUUCAGGAACUACCCUAUGUUACAUGAAUGAUGAGUGAAUAUGAAUGUGUAUGUAAGCAACAAAAAAAAUCAAUCAAUCACGUUGCACCAAUCAGAAGUGGCAUUUUUGGGCAAACAGAUUAUUCAAAAGCCAGGAUUCGCUUGCGAGCCUUCCUUCCUCUCCACCCCACCUCACCCCCAUUAUACGACCCUUUUACUCUCAUCCCGCCACAUAUCGCGCGGUUAGGAUAUUAAAUAGUUCUUCUUUCGUUCAGGAACGCUUGUUACGGAGGAUAUACACCAGGGUAGCAAAAUAACUGAGGAAGAGUAAUAACUAGUGGUACAUCACGAAGUCACUCACGUGGUAGGGGGAAAAAAAGGGGGGGGUGGAAAGAAGCCAACAUUAAAGAGACAUGAGUCCAUAGGGACUAGUUAUUAAUUUUGGUGGGGGAGGAUUUAGGGAUCACGUUGUUUUCAGGGAGGGAAAGGAGUGGGGUCAGUCGUCACCGACAGAGUGAAAAGUGGGACUGUAGAAAAUUGACUGCCAAAAUCAAUUUACUACCAACCGGGGGGGGGGGGGAAUAAUAAGAAUAUUUCACGGUCUUAUGAGGAGAUCUGGUAAAUUUUAUCUUGAUAAGACCGGCAUCCUCCAAACCCCACCCCUCUCCCUCCCCCUGGGUGAUGACAAAUGACUAUAUUGCCUUUUUUCCCAGAUCGCCUUCGUAGUCUUCUUCCGCCUGAAACACCAGAGGUAUCUUAUGAGCUCAGCACUCCAGUGUGAGUAUUGUGUUCCAUAACCCAUUAACCCUUAUCAUCGGUAUGCAUAUUCUCCAUACUGUUCUCUACACAUUUCCUAAGGUGCUGACAAGGAGAAUUUGUGAAGCAAUCAGGAGCUUCUUUAGUUGGCGUUCAUCUCCUUAGUGCACGUGACCUGAAUGUGUGAGUCUGGGGUGAUAUUGUAAGGAGAAAUUAGAUGCCGGUCAAAGGUUAAAGAUCUACUGACUCGGUGUAGUAAGACAUCAAGACUAAUGGCUUUAAGAGACCAGGAAGCAGACACCCAAGAGGGGAAACGAGUAAAUAUCCGUUUUUCUUGUUACUAAUUUCUUUAUCAUAUUUAUUUUUUGUAGUCUUGAUUUCCAAGCGAACUACCCACUGGCUGUGUCCAGACUGUUAACUGGUUUUCAUGAAGAUAUCAAGUUUCACUUCUCUCUUGACUGGCGGGCGAUUUCCGGAAACUUGGGAUGUAUUCCUACUUUGCUAGCCAUCGCUUUGGGAGUGAAUGUAAGAACACUUCUUUAAUAAUGGAAUAAGAAACGAUGGAAAAAUUACUCUAGUCAGAGAAGAGUUAAGGUCGAAGGAGCACAUGAAGAGCGUUAACAAUUUUGUAAUGACUUUCGAAAGGAAGCCGUUUAGUGUAAUUCUAUUUCAAACGAGGGAAAUGGCUUAAAGCCAUUUCUGAGUUGUUGUUUUGAUCCACAAUUAACUCCUCUGCCCAUCUAACCAGUUGCACUGAGGUUGGAUGGAUAUGUCGCCUCUCGAUAAUUUAUUUUCGAACUGUGGGGCCCAUGGCAACUGCCAGGGCUAGCUUCACUAACGAUGCCCGCUGCUACGCAGGUAGUCCUAGUUGGAGGACUGGUAAGGGUUAAAAUAUUUAUUGAUUAAGAGAACCUCAGGCAUAAAGCUCAGCCGUCAAACGUCGGGCAUGCGCGAGGGGUCAAUAGAAAUCUGCUAAAGGAAACAAAAAGCAGGGAAAGGAAAGCGUGAGACUUUCCUAACCCUAAGCUAUUUCAAGUCCUGGGCCCAGUUUUUUCGAAAGCCGAUUAGCGCUAACCCAGAGUUAAAUUUUAAUCUGGGUUUCUAUACUUCUUUGUUCGAUAGCCUUUUUGGGAUCAUUUUCCUCUACUCUAUAUGGAGCAUCUAAUCAUCAAAUUGUUGACAAAAGAAUUCUACUGAAUUUUCCUUUAAAGCUUCCAGAGCUGAAAUCCGAUUUCACACUAACCCUGGGUUAUCUAAACCCAGCUUUGAACAACUCAGCCCUGGUGUCCAGUUGAUUUACCGAACUGUUUUGAGCUUUACCGAAAGAAAGUGCUUCUGAAACACCAUAACUUAGGGCCUGUUUGGGGGACCCUAGGAAGGUGAGGUAACCCGCCUUGGUGGUUAACCCGCCUUCCCAUAUAAUUUCUUACUUUAUUUUGAUCACGUUUACAUGAUAGGUGGGGUGACCCGCCUAAGCGGGCUGCCCGGUCUGCCAGGUAGGGUAACCCUGGCAGCCGGGGUGACAAUUUGCCAUGUAAACGUGUCAAGGUGGGGUAACCCGUCUAGCCGGGGUCGCGGUUCAUGGCAAAAAGCUCAAACGCGAAACAUGUAUGUUUUAAAACUUUGUACAUUUCCUAGCCGUCUAAUGGCGGAAAUCACCAGAAACCGCAACGGACAGACAAGGAGUGUAAAAUGUUCACAUUUCGGAAUAUUUAGCGUUGUAAAUCGACUAUAUUUGGUUUCCCAAACUAACGUAUAGAGUCAACGGUUUCUCGCGAAACCAAACACCGCGUAACACAACGCGUGACGUUUUCAUGAAUAAAUACACAUGUGUCCGAGAAUUAAUCUUUCGUCUUUUUCGAGAUGUGAGCUUGGGACGCCUCUGCUCAAACUCCUCAAUUGGAAGCGCAACAACAAUCUUAAGAAACCUCACCCCAGCACCCCGGGGUUGUAAGAUUGCAUGUAAACGCGUUUUAUUUUUCGACCACGGCUAGGCGGGUUACCUUACCUACCAGGGGUUCCCCACCUCCAUGUAAACGGGCCCUUACUAGCUUGUGUGGUUGUUGGUAACUCGUGUGAGACAACCUGUAUUUGGCAGCCUCAAAGCGCACCACACAGUUAUUACUCAACAUUCACACAUGCGUAUACGUUAGACCGCUGUACAGACAUGGUCGCAUCUAAAAAAUGUGCCUUAAGUUUCAACGCAACAUUAUAGUUGUAUGUAUGCUUAUACGAAGCGUCCAUUCCAAUUUGUGUUUCUCCAAUCGCAGAUUUUAGGAUGGAAGUUCAUAGCUUUGUGUGGAGUGUUAUUCACUUUAAUGUAUACAUGGCAGUGGGUACUUUGGACCUGUAGUGGUAAAAAAGAAGCUUUCAAGCGACAGUUUGUGGAUCACACUUCUAAACAGCUUCGAGUGGUAGUCAGUUUGAUCAGCGACGGGUGCAGUAAACGAGUGAAACGGUUAGUUUGGCUGCUAUGAGAUUUUUGAGGCGUCUUUAAUGUGAUUGUUGGUUAGAUUUUUUUUAACCCACAAAGCCUUGUGGUUGGUUUUUGUUUGAAUUCGUGCCUCUUGCCAAUCAGAUAAGGUGUCAUGUUCUUGACAAAUUAGGUCGCAAAUCGUUCAAGAGUCGCGAAUUUUCCCGCGGUUUACACCCGCUGUCUUGCCAAUCAGACCAGGUGUCAUGCUUUUGACCAAUCAGGUUACAAACUGUUACACAACACAAAUUUUACCGCGCUUUACGCUCGGUGCCAAACAUUGAUUUGCCUUAAUUGAUUUCUCCCACGUAGCAGCCCCAUUUUAAGCCAAAAGGUGAGCAGAAGGUAAAUUCACUUGACUUGAAACUGAAUGUUGACACCGUGCCAUUUAGUGAAAGGCUGGAAGUUUUGAUUGGAUGAACCAAGGGUAGUAACUUAACGAUUCCAGAAUCGUCCAGGGCUGUUUGAUUUUGUACCCAUUCGGUAUGCUAUUCUAAGCAUUCAAAGCCUUAGGUGUCGUUACCUCUGUUAUGCUAUUACUUCUAUCCCACGAAACCAAUGCCAUUUGGUAUUAAAAGUGUUCAUUCAAUGGACUGUCAGCCUGACAACGGAUUGAUUCUGUAGAGGAACUUUUAUACCUCAAUUGCCUUUGGUUUAACUGAAUAUCACUUGCUGAAUAAUUCCUCAUUCUUGUUUGUUAUUUUGAUCUUGUUAUUAGGAUUACUGCGUAUUAAUUCCUCUUGUGUAGAAAAAGUGGUGUUAUCAACUUUAACUCAAAUAUUAGACCGACUCUCCACAUGUUCAUUCCUGUCUUAGCUAUAUAAUCUUGUGACAGUGCGUGUGUCGGCUCGUUCGCUUUUGAUGUCGCGGUAUUUCAACGGUUUGGCGAUAAGAUACAUAACAAUGCCAAAUACCCGAUUACUUCAGAUAAAGAAACAUUUUAUUUUAUUUUAUUUCAGGGAACUGACGUCAACCAUCGCGACGCUUGAGUCUCUGGUUCAGAGAGAAAUGGAAAAUUUGGAAGAAAACAUCAUCAAACUGGAUCAGGAAAUAACAAGACUUGAGAAAAUCAAAAACCAUGCGAGAAUAUUAGGUAAUUCUGUCCUACGUAUUGGCAAUUAAUUAAUGACAGCAGCUGUAGCAGAAACUGAGGUUUACGGAGGAAGGGGAAAAAUCAACAGUGAAAUGGGGUGGGGUGGGGUGGGGAAAAUGAUUUUCUUCUGAACCCAAAUGUAUCAUUACCUCCCUCUUUACAUUAGGUUGGCAUUCCUUCUCGCCUAAGGGGACAAGGUGGCAUGGAAAAGGGAUUACCCACGGCUUUUUAAGCCAGAAUUCUCGAGAAAGGAUUUUGUGAAAAUGAUAGGAAGGGGGGGAGGGGGAGUGGAAUUACCCUUUGCCCCUUCAUAGACGACCAUUUCAUCCUAGGAAAUACUUUUUUAUCAAGGGGAAGGGGAUAGUAGGGAUUGGAGAUUACCCCCUACCCCCCUUUACAGACAACCUCGUCAUCCUCAGAAACGGGAGCAUCGUUUGUAAACAGAAGCAUAGGGAGUGUGCAGCAUCAGAAGUUCUAAGUGAGCUCGCUUUCUGUCCUUAGGAACGAAGCAAGUCGGUUGGAAAGCGAACUGUCCCAAUUCAUCACCGAGUUUGGUUUGGAAAAGAGCAAGAUUUGAAAUGAUGACUUCUUGAAGUCCUAAACCUUCUGAAAAUAUAGUGUGUAGAAGUAUAAAGCAUAUUCUUUGAUCCUCUGUUUAAAUAUGACGAGAAAAAGAAAGUCUUGAUACCAACAACUUAACUUUUUUUGUUUGUAUCACUUUUCUUAUAUUACAAGGAUCAGGUAAAAAAAUUUAUUUUUGUCGGCUUGCCUGUAUGAAUAUAAAAAAAAAUGAUGGAUAAAAAUUAAUUUGUCUGUCCCCCUAAAAAUGAAAAUGUCCCCCGAAAUUUUUGCUAAGAGGACAAAUUGUCCCUCAGUGAUCAGAUUUUAGGAUGGAAGUUCAUAGCUUUGUGUAGUGGGUUAUUCACUAUAAUGUAUGCAUUGAAGUGGGUACUUUGGACCUGUAGUGGUAAAAAGGAAGCUUUCAAGUUACAGUUUGUGGAUUACGCCUCUAGAAAGCUUUAACUGGUAGUCAGUUUGAUCAGCGACGGUUGCAGUAAACCAAACCGAGUUUGGUUGGGAAAAGAGCAAGAUGUGAAAGGAUGGCUUCUUGAAGUCCUAAACCUUCUGAAGAUAUAGUCUAUAGCUUGCCUAACUAUAAGUUUGAUUAUUCAAUGAAGAUUUAUGCAGUCGAACAAAAGAUUGUCAUCGUUGAGAACCGCUUCAUUGUUCUCGUGUAAAUGAUAAGGAUCAAAAAGUAUUUCAUCGUGAAAUUUGUGGGUCAUUUAAUAAAACCUGCAGUUAAGCGUUAACCCCGCGUUUGCAUUAGCACUUGAGUUUUUAGAGGAUAUUUCUUGGUCGCCCUUUUCGUCGAUUUUUUUCUUGUGCAUAGGGUAUUUAACAUGGUUGUUUCCUUUUGCAAGGCUGGGCCAGUUCACAUGGGUCCAAGGCAGCAAUUUGUAGCUGCACAAAAAGAGGUCCUAGCUGUUUUAUAGGCCAGUGGCGAUGGUCCUGUUGAUGUUCAAUAAUUCUAAAAAA